AUGCUCCAGUUGGCGGGGCGUUCGAUCCCGGAGUGGAGCGUGCGUCUGUCAGGACGGCGUCGCUCGUCGCAGCAGUCGCCCGCCGCGUUGAUCGCGCACUUCGACACCACCGUGUUGCAGAUUCGCGACUGGGUGUCGGUGGAGGUUGACAUGCUGCGCACGCAGGCGGUCGCCGUCGGCGACGUGGACGACAUAAUGCAGCAGCUCGACAAACAGAAAGGUGUACUGCGUGAGUUGGAGCAGAAAAAGCCUCAGCUGGAUGAACUGCUGCACACAGCGGAGAGCCUUAAAGGGACGGAGAACAGACAGCAGCUGCAUGGCAAAGGUAAGUUUAGCAAUAGUGCAUGA